AAUCAAUAAAAAAAGAUGACACAAUCAGGUAAAAUGAUAACUUGUGUCAAAUUUUUACGUAAAUUUCAACGUAUGAAAAUAGAUAUUCCAUUAAAUUGUUAUUAUCAUACAUUGAGGAUAAAUAACAAUAAUGUAUAUAAAAUAAAAAAUAUAAAUAUUUUAAGAUUAAAUUCUAGCAAUACACCUAAAAUUAAAUUAAAUGGUGUUAAAAACGGUGUAGCAGUAAAAAAUAUUACAGCAAAAAAGUCUGAAAUAAGGCGACUGUUUUCAUUAGCAAAACCAGAAAAAUGGAAACUUACUGGUGCAAUAACAUUGUUGUUGAUAUCAUCAACAGUGACAAUGGCUGUGCCGUUUUGUUUAGGAAAAAUAAUCGAUGUAAUAUACACUGAGGACAAAGACAAAAUGAGAGAAAAUUUGAAGAAAAUAAGUUUAUUAUUACUCGGGGUGUUUAUUAUUGGUGGAAUAUGCAAUUUUGGGAGGAUAUACUUUAUGUCAACUUCUGGACAUCGGAUAACUCAAAGUUUACGUAAAAAAGCUUAUUCGUCAAUACUGAGUCAAGAAACAGGAAUGUUUGAUAAAAUAAGCACUGGUGAAUUAGUUGGAAGGCUGACUGGUGACGCACAAUUAGUUAGUGCUGCUGUAACAAGUAAUAUAUCGGAUGGCUUGCGUUCAUCAAUCAUGACAUUAGCUGGUGUAUCAAUGAUGUUUUACGUAUCACCACAGCUUGCAUGUGUUGGACUAGCAAUUGUUCCACCGAUAACAGGUUUAGCAAUAGUUUACGGUCGUUUUGUUAAAAAAAUAUCAAAAGACGUACAAAAUAGUUUAGCAAUAUUAGCAACAACAGCUGAAGAAAAAAUAAGUAACAUAAGAACAGUUAAAGCGUUUGCACAGGAAAAUAAUGAGAUAAAGCGUUACAGCUCAAAACUAGAUGAUUUAUUAAAUUUAUGUUAUAAAGAAAGCUUUUAUAGAGGGAUAUUUUUUGGAUUAACUGGGCUUACGGGUAAUGCUAUUAUUUUAUCUGUAUUGUAUUAUGGUGGUGUUAUGAUGUCAGAGUCAACAAUAACUGUUGGUAAUCUCAGUGCAUUUUUAUUGUAUGCUGCUUAUACAGGUAUUUCAUUAAGCGGUAUUUCGAAUUUUUACACAGAAUUAAAUCGAGCAUUAGGUGCAAGUACAAGACUUUUUGAGUUUAUUGAUCGUGUUCCAAAAAUACCAAUUGAAGGUGGAAAAAUUUUAGAUUCACCACUUACUGGUGAUAUUAAAUUUGAUAAUAUUUAUUUCAAAUAUCCAACUAGAGAUGAUUGUUGGAUAUUAAAUAAUUUUUCAUUAAACUUAUCUGCGGGUUCGGUUAACGCUAUUGUUGGUCCAUCAGGUUCUGGAAAAUCAACAGUCGCUUUAUUAUUACUACGUUUGUACGAUCCUAAUUCAGGUGAUAUUCUAUUGGACAAUCAUAAUAUCAAAGAAUUAAAUCCAUCUUGGAUUAAAUCACAAAUCGGAUUUGUAUCCCAAGAGCCUAUUUUAUUUAACGGUACAAUUAAAGAAAAUAUAAGAUACGGAAUUAAUGAUGCAAACGAUAAAGAUAUUAUGGAUGCAGCGAAACUUGCAAACGUUUUAGAAUUUACUCGAAGAAUGACUGAAGGAUUGGACACUGUCGUUGGAGAGCGAGGGAUUACUUUGAGUGGUGGACAACGACAAAGAGUUGCUAUUGCAAGAGCUUUAAUAAAAAAUCCGAAAAUUUUGGUUUUGGACGAAGCUACAAGUGCAUUAGACGCUGAAAGUGAAAAUUAUGUUCAAGAAGCAUUAGAACGGGCUACUCAAGGACGAACGGUAUUAACGAUAGCUCAUCGAUUGAGUACUAUCAAAAAUUCUGAUAAAAUUGCGGUUAUUGAUAAAGGUCAGGUCGUUGAAACUGGUAAUUAUAAUGAAUUAAUUUUGAUUAAUAACGGAUUAUUUAAAAAAUUAGUUCAGCAUCAGACGUUCAAGUAAAUUAUUGAUUAAAUGAACAUUUUUAUUAUAAUGUAAA